UUCGAAAUUUCAUUAAUGUGUUUUCAUCCGGCUUUUUCCAACUUUUUCAUUAACCUAACUCAGUUUAAACUUAAAUUUUUAUUAAUCGAAUCAAUUUAAACGAUAAUGCACGCCUUCUUGAAAACUGGCAAAGUGACGGAUUCCCCGUCUAAGGCUGGAACCAGCGCUGAUGGCCAGAUUACGGAGAAGCGCAACAAAUCGCACUCCGUUCCAUGGGUUGAGAAAUAUCGCCCCAAGUCCGUGGACGACGUUGUUGAGCAGGGUGAGGUAGUUGCUGUCCUGAGAGAAUGUCUGUCCACGUCUGAUUUACCGAAUCUGUUGCUCUAUGGACCACCUGGUACCGGUAAAACGAGUACGAUUCUAGCGGCCGCUCGUCAAUUGUUUGGUGACAUGUUCAAAGAGCGAAUUCUUGAGUUAAACGCAUCUGACGACCGGGGCAUUGCUGUUAUCAGGAACAAAGUCAAAACAUUUGCCCAGCUGUCUGCCAGUGGAACACGCACUGAUGGUAAACCUUGUCCUCCGUUCAAAAUCGUUAUAUUGGAUGAGGCCGAUGCCAUGACUCACGCAGCUCAAGCAGCACUUCGGCGAACUAUGGAAAAAGAAACCAAAACAACAAGAUUCUGUUUGGUUUGCAAUUACGUUUCGAGAAUUAUCGAACCCAUCACUUCUCGAUGUACUAAGUUCCGCUUCAAGCCUUUGGGUCAAGACAAGAUUAUCGAAAGACUUCGUUUAAUAUGCGACCAGGAGAAGGUUGAUGUCGAGGAAGAAGUCUACCGAGAUAUUGUUGACAUAUCUGGUGGAGAUCUGCGAAAGGCUAUUACAACUCUUCAGUCUUGUCAUCGCUUGAAAGGCAAAAAUUCAAAGAUUGAACAUUCAGAUAUUCUUGAGAUGUCUGGGGUAGUUCCCAACAAUUAUUUGGAAGAAUUCAUUACUGUUUGCAAAUCGUCAAAUUACAGUAAGCUAGAAGACUACGUGAGGAACCUCACCCACGAUGCGUAUAGCGUUGGACAGCUUUUUGAGCAGCUAACUGAUUUCAUCAUUACACACGAUGGGCUGAGUGAUAAACAAAAAAGUAUUAUUUGCGAUAAAAUUGGGGAGUGUUGUUUCCGCUUGCAAUGUGGUGGUUCGGAAUAUAUUCAAAUUAUGGAUCUGGGAUGUGUCACAAUUCAAGCGCUGCAAAUCAACUAAUUAUUGUUAGUGAUUAAAAGUUUCAUUACUUAUAUAAUGAUUGACUCGUAUUGAGUUGUGGAUGACAAACAUUGUUAGUUGCCUAAUUCUAGUGUCAAAAGUAGUUUUUUUCUAGGUCAUGUUUUUUUUAUCAUGAAUAGGUAACUGUUUGCGGGAAAAAUAAAAGUUUUGAUAAUUCGUAAAUGAUUAAUAGCCAGUGCUUGUACAUGGAACGCUACAGACUUAAAAAAUGU